AUGUUUCUAUGGGCUAACGGUGAUAAAUAUAUUGGAGAUUUUGUUGCCGGUGAACGAACUGGAAAGGGAACUCAUAUAUGGAUAGAUGGUUCGACUUAUAAUGGUGAAUGGAAGAACGGAAACAUGCAUGGAAAAGGCAUCCGUACAUACACUAACGGAAAUGUCUAUGACGGAGAGUGGAUGAACAAUAAGAGGAUCGGUAUUGGUCAUUUCAAGUGGAAAGAUGAUGGAGAGUAUAAUGGUGAGUGGAAAGAGGAUAAAUUUGAUGGCCAAGGAACUAGAAUAUUGCCAUCGGGAGACAAAUAUAUAGGUCGGUGGAUCAAUGGUAAACAGCAUGGGCGUGGAAAAUACUUCUAUCCAGACGGAAACGUUUAUGAUGGAGACUGGAAAGAUGGUCAGAGAACUGGUAGAGGAACAUUUCUGUGGGCUAACGGUACUAAAUACAUCGGGGACUUUGUAAUCGGUAGACAAACUGGUAGCGGAACACAGACAUGGCCAUCGGGCGCGAAAUACAUGGGGCAAUAUCAAAAUAAUCAAUUCCACGGCUUGGGACAAUACACAUGGCCUGAUGGAUCGAUACGUGUGGGUCAAUGGAACAACGGACAGGAAUGUUAG